AUGGUCCGCAUCACGUCUCUCGCGCUCCUCGCCUCGGCAGCCAUCGCGGCGCCCAUCUCGUACCUCAAGGUACAACACAAAACCAAGCAGACCGAAGGCAUUGAAAUCGUCGGCGGCAAGGAAGCCGAGAUCGGCAAGCACCUGUACGUCUCGGGUCUCCGCGAAGUCGCCACGGGCCCCAACUACUGCGGUGGCGCCGUCAUCUCGCCGACGACGAUCCUCACGGCCGGCCACUGCGCCUACGGCGACUGGAUCAAGUACGUCUCGAUUGGCUCGCAUUACCUCAGCGGCUCCAAGGACGGCGAGCGCAUCCAGGUCAAGAAGAUCGUGCUACACCCCAAGUUCAACUAUGACACGAUGGUCUACGACUUUGCGAUCCUCGAGCUCGCCAACGCGACGACCGUGACGCCGAUUGAGGUUCUCUUUGACGAGAAGGACGCGGCCGGUGCUCCCGGUGUCCUCGGCAUGGCCCGUGGCUGGGGCACGACCUCGUCGGGUGGCUCGCAGUCGAACGUGCUCAAGGAGGUCGGCCUCAAGCUCUGGUCCAACACGGACUGCCGGGCCGCUUUCGACAAGCUCAACAAUCCGUCGGUACCUCCCAUCGAUGUCGCGAUGAUCUGCGCCGGCGGCGUCCAGGGCGAGGACACGUGCCAGGGUGACUCGGGUGGCCCGCUCACGGUCACCAAGAACGGCAAGGACGUGCUCGUCGGUCUCACGAGCUGGGGCCUCGGCUGCGCCCAGGCCGGUCUCCCGGGUGUGUACGCGCGCCUUUCGUACGCCAAGGAGUUUCUUGCGCCGUACCUCCCCAAGCCGGCUUGCGAAGGUUAG